UUCCGAGGGAUUCCGAUUUUGUGCCGAAGGUACUAUUGAUGCAAAUGUAAAUAAACAUGGCUGCCCAACCAGAAGAUCCGAAAGCUUUGAAUGACAAAUAUUCAAGGUUAGCAGCUCUUUCUGCAAAUAAUUGAGCAAUCGCUAUUAGAUAUUUUAAUGAAUGCAAAGGCAAAACAAAAUGAUAUUUAAUUUUAUGUUUUUAGUGUUCCAUCCGAUGACAGUCGCACACAAGAGCUUACGUGGAGAAGAUUAUUUUUGCGGAAGGGAAAACUACGUGCUUCGAGUAGAACGUCCGCUCUCAUGUCAGGAUUCGCAAUGGUAAAAUUUUUAGGCUUUUCAGCACUGCCAUUAUCUAAAAAUGGACCUGAAUGAAAACAAUGUCUACUCUCGCGUACAAAGUUCAUGUUUGUAUUCAUAACAAGAAUAAUCAGGGGCUGUUUAAUACAUGAUCAUGGGAUCAUGAUUCAUGCAAGAUCCCGUUUUGCUGGGAGGAGUCGAGUGCCUCUCAGGAUAAUUUUGACGUAUUGAAAUUAUGAAAUAAGUCACGGUUCAUGAUUCAGCAAAACUGCAUUAUUUUUCUAGUGAUAAAUUAGGCCUGUUUUAUACGUCGAAUUUUGGUCGCGUCGAAUGCAAUUAAGACAAUAGAUAAUGAGAUGAUUGCAUUCGAGGCGACCGUAUAGAACAGGCCUUAUAAACGAAAGGUUGUUCAAGAAGCAAUAAAUAUCUUCAUCAACUACAAGAAUAUAAACGACAUCUUCUCGCAUUAAACAUUUGAGUUCUUUUAAUUAACCAGUGUUUGGACUUUCGUUUAAGGCCAAUAACUUAUUUCAAUACAUCAAAAUUAUCCCAGUUUGCUGGGAAUGGAAGACGGGAUAUCAUCUCGGCAAACCAGGUUCAUGUAAACAGACCCUCAGUCAAUCAGCCUAUGGCAGUUAAACAUGAUGAUUGGCUCAUCAGAUUGAAAUUACAAAUAUGAAAGUUUCACAUAUGAAUAUGGACAACGUUUUUAUAUGUGACAUAUCCUUAGAUACAAACGUUUGUAAAUUUUACUUUUCCUUUCUCCAAUCUAAGGUUGCGAUGGUUGAGAUCCAGAUUGACCCUGGCUUACCCUCUGGUUUGAUAAUUGCCUUCAGUGUGUUAACGACCAUCUUAAUUUCCAUUCACGUGUUUGCGUUAAUGAUCUCCGUCUGCAUCCUCCCAAACCUGGACAGCUUUGCAAGCAGUUACAGUCUGAACAACAAAAACUUUGACAACUCUCUUCACGAACAGAUGCAUUAUUAUAUCGAAACGGCAUGGCUAUUUUCGACAGGUCUCGGCACCUUACUCUUCCUUGCCGAGGUUGCCAUAGUUGCGUGGGUACAGUUUUACAACAAGAGCAAAGCAGCUGCCAUUGCUUCGACUUGUGUUCUUUUGCCUGUUGGUGUGGUGUUCAUUUGGUUUGCAUUGCAUUUCUAUAAAAUACUGGUGAAGCAUAAAUACGAGCAGUCAUCACAAGGUCUUGAAGAGCUACAAAUGUAUGUUGACAAGUUACAACCAACAGAUAUACAUACAGUUUGAUAGUUUGUGGCCGAGAUGCAUAAAAGAGUAUAUAAAUUAUCAAGUCCAACCAUUGGACAUGGCUUACUAGUUCAACUACAAAUUUAUUUACAUGUAUGACAACAUAUUGUUGUUUUUAGAUGAUAACUUUAUAUGUCAGAGCUUUGUAUAUAUUAGUAUUGUAAGUACACUAUUAAUUAUUACUUCUGCCAUUAGGAGACAUACCUACACAAGCGCAAAUAAUGUACAUAGUAUUAUUACAAUUUGUUAGAAAAAUAACUCUCAAAACCUAGGUAUAAUGUUGGUAUAUUUGAUGUAUAAAUCUUACUAGGAAAGCUGUACAAUAAUAAAUAACAUAGUUGUAGACAAUUUUAUCUUUGAUCUUGAUACAAGGACAUUGUAACAUUGAAAGAUAAAUUCUGGGUAAAAAAUGAUCUCUGCAGAAUACAAGUUUCAAUUAUUGAUUUUCGCACUGUUCUAGAAAUUUCUCUUCUGCCUCUUUGGUUACUGCAGUUUGAUCAAGUAAUUCACACUAAAAUAUAAAAAAAUUGGAUUAUAAAUUAAGUAAGCUGAAAAGAUUUGUGACCCUAUUUG